AUGUUUGUGAAGGACAAUGGCAUUGUGAUGAAUAUCCUCUGCUUCCCUCGCCAGCCAGCUUCAACUAUUUUCAUGGCAACUUUCACGAAGAAACUUGCUCAACCCAAACCCAACAGACUCAGAUAUCCAGACCGUCGUUCUCUUUACUGGCUGGAUCAGAUGCCACCAGAGAGUACUGGAUCCAUCACCAAAAUCGAGUUAACCCCUCGCUGGUCGGAGCUAUGUAGAAAUAAAACAUUCUACAGUCAAGUCACAAUUUCUCCCGAGUGGGCGGUGAGCGGCGCAGCUCUCCGGGCCGUCCCCUCAGAUCGCCUCUGUGCUCUGGCUCUGCCUCCGGCUCCUGCGGUCGGCUGGCAGCCUGAGCGCCCUCUGCUUAAGCCUUUGAACAGAGGGACGCAGACGGCAGUCGCCACUUCACGAAUUUGCCAGCUUGCCCAACCGAAACGAAGGCCAGUUCUGGAGGGUUGUAGCCCCAAAUCUAAACCUUUACCGUUGACCCACAUACCCUACAAAGCAUCAGCACACAUGGAACUACUGGCUACCCCUAAGCACGACCACCCUAAGUUUGAAGGGCAGCGCUCCGUCUGCUGGCCCGUCUCCAGAGCGGCGAGAAACUGCUCGGCCAGCCAUAGACUUCUCGAGCUGUGCGGGCCCAAAAAGAGGAUGGCUCUGUUCGAGGGGUACGACCCGAACAUCGUUAGCCGGGCGGCCCGCUCUGCCAGACCCUCGCCUCGGAUUCAACAGCUGUGUCUACCUCUGCCUCGCAAAUGCGCCUCAAACUAG